AGGACGCCUUUCACGAGACAAAGAUGGCGAAGGCAGUGCACGAAUCCAUGUCGUACACUAUCUUUCACGCGCGAAAGUUUACUAUGCCUAAAGUCGUGGUCAAAGCCCAUCCUGCCGACAGCCUAGAAGGACUGAUAAACAGCCGGAAGCAAUCAGGGCGAUCAUUGGCGUCGCAGAGGGAAGAGAGCCAACUCUGGUUGAGUUUGGAGACGAACCCUAACGAAAAAAGGAGCCAUGCUAAGGGUCUUACCAAUAUUAUGAAGGACAUCAAGCGUUUCAUAAAAGAAGAGAAGAAGGACAGAAAAGUGAGAAAAUCUAUAGAGGCAAAGAUCGAAACAGCAAGGGUGGCCGCGAAAAACCUUUGGGACAGGAAAACACGUCGUAGUACAGAAAUGUCAUUGGACAAACACAAGCACAAGGACUCGAAAGCACUCGAACAACAACCUUGGAAACUUCACGAAGGUGAUGAUACUAAUAUUGACACAGUACAAGAGGCCAACCCACAGGCUGUUAUGCUGGACUCUAAAAACCUCGUACCAACCCACUACAACAUUCUCCGCGAUGACAAGAACCCAUUGCAGCUGCUGAAAGUCUUUAUGGAAAGGGGAAAGCAAAGUCAUUUGGAGGAAUCCAGCGACUCCUCCAGUUCCUCCGACGAGGCCGAAAUAGUGAGGGAGCCAGAGGAUGAAAGUGGAUUAUUCGUUUCUACGUCUUCGUUACCGACCAGAAAGAGGGCCGCACGCAGUGGAUUUACUUUCCGAGGUCUCCAGACGUUAAGAGAAUUCCUGAAACAGCAUGGCGUCGUUGUCUCCUUGAAAAUAGCCAACAUCUUCCGCGAGCUUCUUUUCAGUAGACGGCCAAUAGACAGCUCUGUUUUUAGAAGCGGAUCCUUCAAAAAGACUACCUCGGAGAAACAACCUCUAAGUGGCGACAGUGAGAUAGACGAAUCCCCGUUAUGUCGAUGAAGAUGGGUUUGAAUAGAUACAACGCAAGAUGAAAGCUGUGGAACUGCCCAACUCUGUGUUCAAGAAAGAGGUUCAUCUACCUCCAAGUCCGCCUCCAACCGUCGAGGACUGCUUGAAUGAAAAAGCGGCUGCUAUAGUCGAUGCACUGGAGGAAGCCGAGACACCGAGACCACAAGCAGAACAGACG